CAAGUUUAAAUUUAUUGCUGUUCAACGUACACACAUAUACAGCUAAAUGAAACAACGAUCCUCUGGGGCCAAGUUGCAAACACAGUACAUAUAUAUCACAUACAACACACAAAAUGAAAAAUAAAAUUCUGUGGAUGCACAAGUUGACACAAAGUGCAUGUAAAACAUGUAGUUAAAUAUCUAACUAAGGAUAAAUUAGCUGGUAAUUAUUCUCAUAUAAGUCCAGUGUGUGAUAGAUGUCAUUCUGAGACAGCCUCUUUAACACAUACGUUUUGGUCAUGUUCUUUUUUGAAAAAAUAUUGGGAAGAUAUCCUUGAUAUUAUUUCAACUGUAUUGAAUAUUGAUUUACAACCUCAUCCUAUUACUUCAAUUUUUGGUUUACCAAUGAUAGAACCUCAUCACUUAACCUCUUCAGCGUGUCCGAUAAUUGCACUUCUUACAUUAAUGGCUAAAAGAUCUAUUUUGCUGAAUUGGAAAGAGAUUAAUCCUCCCACCACAUUUCACUGAAUCUCUCAAACUAUGUUAUGUUUAAACUUAGAAAAAAUCAGAAGUAUUUUAUAAGAUCCAUCCAGUAAAUUUGAAAAGACUUGGAAGGCCUUUUAUUCAACAUUUUUAUAUGAUGUGAUUUGACCUUUUUUCCAAACCUAUUUUCUCAUUUUUAUAUAUGCCGAGAGGUUCGGAGUUAAUGACACAUCGUUUUUGAUGUUACAAACAGCCCACGUUCUUUUCUUUUUUUUAAAAAAAGUUUUUGGUUGUAUAGUUUGGAUUAGUUUUUUUGGGGUGUAUAUAUAUAUAUAUUCUUUUUUGGAUAUGUUAAUCCUUUCUUCUAUGUAUACUAUAUUUGUGCUUGAACAAUUUUGGGAGGUUUAUUACCUUUGUAUUAAUUGAUUAUAUAUUUACAUCUGUUAACCAUUAACACCGUAAUCCCAAUAAUUGUGUAGCAAUGUUUUGUUAUAUCAAUUUGAUAUUAAUAAAAAGAUUGAAAAGAUAAAUUAUCUAAUAGUAUACUGCUACUAGUGCUGUUAUAAAUAAUGUGUACAGGGUGUUCAGAAGUCUCGCAGCCCAGGGGAAGAAUCAGUAACCUACUGCAACUUCCUUGUUCUUAUACUGCGUUCGGAUGGUAGGAGAUCAAAGAGAUUGUGGGACGGAUGGAAUGGAUCCUUGACAAUGCUAAUGGCUCUGUCAAAGGCUCAUAACAGUGAAAGUGUAAAUUUCUAGACUGUAUGUUUCUCUUUAUUUGGCAUGGGGUACGUUAAUUGGUUGUGUUCCUCUCCUAAGAAAGUUACUAGAACGCGUUCAGUCGUGAUAUCCACAUGUUGUGUGGAGCAAGUCUGUACUACAAUACCUACGGGUGGAAACUGAUCGAUGGGUUGUUAACGCCUUUCUGCUGCUUGUGGCGUUGGUGCUGCGGUCCGGAAAAUAGUAAUUUUAAAUCAGAUAAUCGCAUUGUUCUUCGGCUUUGCAAGGAGGCAGGAAACGUAUGCACCCCGCCUCCCCCAGAGUCUACAACGGAGAGGAUGUAACCUUCGGUAACUAGGUUACUUUGCGUGGAGGGCUGACUUGCCUGCUGCUUUCUGACUGCCCCCGAGGCUGCUGGACAGCGGUGCUUUGCGAGCUUGUAGAGAUGCCGGUGAGAUUCAGCGACCCAAGAGACCUGAUCUCCCCUAAGGCCGUGGCCCAGAUGCUGCAGAUCCUCUUCACCUGCGCGGCCCUGGGUCUGUCGAGGAUAGCGGCGAACGGCGGCUCGGCUCGUGACCGGGGAUUCAGCACCUUCGCCUUGUUCACCUGGUGCUUCUCCUUCAUCUGCACCCUCCUCGUCUUCGCGGUCGAGUUCACACAGGUGCACAGCCUCUUCCCCCUCACCUGGAAGAACCUAUCAGUGGCCGUCUCCGCUUUCGCCGGUCUCAUGAACCUGGCCACCUCGGUCAGCUACCCGCUGAUGGUGGCGAACGCCAGCGAGAGCCCGCUCUGCUCUCAGGCCGGCACCUGCACCUGGACCUGGACCUGGACCCAACCCCUGUGCGCCUACGACAUCGCCGCCAUCGCCUGCUCCUGCCUAGCCUCAUUUGCCUACGCGGCCGAGGUGUUCAUGUCCCGCAGCUCCCGCCGCAACACCUACAUGGCGACGGGGCCCGGCCUGCUCAAGGUGCUGCAGGUAUCCAUCGCCUGCAUCCUCUCCGUUCCCCUGGCAACCGGGCAGAUCCCAGCAUUCCCGGGCUUCUGGUGGGCGGUGGGCGCGCUCUGCGCUUGCGCGUUCAUAUCCCUGGUUGUCAUGGUGAUGGUGGUGGAGUGCCGGGCAUGUUGCCCGGUCCCGCUGGAGCGGCUGCUGGCGGCCUUCGGUAUCCUGGGCGUGUUGCUGAGUGGGGCCUUACUGGUGGUCUGGACCCUCGGCUUCAGCAAGCAAGACGACCAGACGGCCUGCCGCUGGAAACUGUGCCUGUCGUCCGCCGUGCUGAUCAGCCUCAACUUUCUGGCUUAUGUGAGUGAUCUGGUCCACGCCGUUAAACUGAACUGUUCGAGAAACUGAGAGUUUGCAGACUCCGGCCCUCCAGCGCAGCCCGUGCGGGGCUCUCACGGUGCUCCCUCCAAAGAUGUUACCUCUUUGUGCUUGGUUCAACGGAUGGUUCUGGAAUAUAGGCGACUUCUUCUCUGGUCCUUUAAACAUGGGGUCUUUGAUGCAAGAAUUUCAUCUUCCUCUUCAGAAAAAGACCACCAUGAAAAGCUUAUCAUGCAAGGAGUUUGUAGUUGGUUGGCAAGUGAAUGAAUUGCCGGUCUAAAUCUACAGAGGCUGGACUGCACCUUUUCAGCAGCACGUUUAUUUAAAAAGCCUCACUGAAAACUAUGAACUCUCUGGUUUUAAACCUGUUGAACGUUACCCUCCUGUCAGAAUAAUAUAAAAAUGGAUGAUGAUUUUUAUGGUAACUUAACCAAAAUUGAUCAGUGGACUGGGUCAGCAAAAUGCACAUUAUCAUCAACCUGUAUCUCACCUUUUCUUUCUUCUUGGUAUUAUACUUUAACCAUAACUUGUUGAUAGGGAAAAUAAAUCAACCACAAUCAUGUGGUGGACUGGGCCAAAUGGCCUACGUCUGCACCUAUGUCUUAUGGUUUCAUGGACUCUAAACCGUUCAUGUUAAUGCAGAGGAAUAUUUUGAAUGUAAAUUUGUUUUACACAGAAUUUGUUGAGUUGAAUCCAAAGUCAGUCAACUAGCUCCUCUUUACACUAUCUACAACCAGCAGUUGUUCACAACAAGAAUGGGGAUUUCUGUAACCAGACUUCACAUUUGUGUAAUUUCCCCGAAGAGCAAAGUUUUAGUAGCACUGUCAGUGCCACUUUAUCACCCAUGAAACUGGCCUCAUUUAAACCAAGAUUUCCACCUUUGGAAACUAAAAUUUCACCCAGCAGCUACCACUGACUCAUGAAGAUAAUUCCCCAAACUUUGUGGCUGUCAUGUCAGUGAAAGUGGCUGAUUUGUCAGUAAUAAUUUUGCAAAGUUGAGAGCAAAUUCUAUUGUGUGCACUUAAAUGCAGAAAUACCUUGUGCCUUCUAUGUAUUUUGAGAAAUAAUGGAUUGGAAAAAUCUCAAGGUUUUAUGAACUAUUAAAAAGUUACUAUAGGUAUGAGAGAGGUUUUAAUUCUCUACCUAUCACUGCACCUUCAAAUCAACAUUUUAUAAACUGUAUGUCUAUAGUCAUUCUUGUAUUUUAAAUUAUUUUAUAAAGUUUAUGAUAAUUCAUUUACUACCUUAA